UGAAGUCGACAGAACAAGCAGUUGUGCACGCCGCGCUGGCGCUGGCGCGAUCCUCGUCGCGAUCGGAGUCGUUGACCGAGUCACUUGGUCUUCUGGCAUUUUCUUAAACCGAACAGGCCAAGUCGCGAGUGGCCGUAUCCACGUAAUAUUAUCACGCUGGUUAUCGCUGAUCGAGAGGAGCAAAAGAUGGGCGGCGAAGAAGGACUGGGUGUUACCACCGGCCAGCCGAAUCUCUACAAGCAAGACCUGUCGAAACUCGAUGUUAGUAAAUUAACUGCAUUGUCACGUGAGGUGAUCAGCAGGCAAGCUACAAUCAAUAUUGGUACCAUUGGGCACGUAGCACAUGGAAAAUCGACAAUUGUAAAAGCUAUUUCAGGAGUGCAGACUGUUCGUUUUAAAAAUGAACUAGAAAGAAAUAUUACCAUUAAACUCGACGCAGUGGAUUGCGGUAGCAGCAGCAAAUCAGCAGAUAUACCCGGCAGGAUAGAUAACAAAACGCCGGUCGUUUACCAUAAACGACACCUCUCCCCUGUUGGAAGCAUUGACGCGCCAUGCGCCAAGCAGUCCAGACUCAGAGAGAUCGACACAGAGAGCUGCAACACGAUAUCCCUGAACAAUCGACUGAACAACAAGCAUACAUUUCACUUUGCGUCAUCAUCGAAGCGUCUGCGAACGCGGCGAGGAAUCAUCACGCAACAGGCGCUCGAAGCACACGACGGCCGUCCUCGUUUACGUAACAGAAAUGUAAGAGAUCCAGGUAGCGAUGGCCGACAGUCCGACUAUGAAGAAUCAUCGUCUGACGGUAGAUCGUCCGCACGAGAUGAUAGUCUGAUUUCCCGCGACUUCGAUCUGAAAGAGGUACGAGUGUUGUUGCAUGAUAUUAAGAACAGCGAAAACAAUCGUGAAUUAACAAUACCCGGUAAAUCCUCCUCCGCAUCUAGCAGUCAGACGAGCAAGCUCUGGGAAGUGGAGAGGAUUAUACAGAAGCAGGAAAAGAACAGUGAAACGUUCUAUUUGAUCAAGUGGAAGAACUGGGAUAUCAAGUACAAUACGUGGGAGCCGUCGCGCAAUCUAACUAAUUGCGAAAAUUUGCUGCGUGAAUUUGAGAACAAACGGCAGAAAUUGAUUAACCGGUUCAAAGCGAAGACGAACUUUUAUCCAAAUACGCGCGACGUCGAGGACUUUCUUGUUGCGCAAUUAUUAUAUAAGGACAUAUCGAUCGAUGAUGUUACAUCCGUUGCCUCUACCACUGUUGCCGAUGACAGUAUAUACAUAGAGAUUCGCCAAUAUUUGAAUAAAUCGUCGCAUGGCAGCAAACUGGAAACAAAGAUAAAACAGCAGAUCCUGUACAUGCUUCUGCUCGAGUUGCGGCGCGAUCAACUCGAAUCGCUGCAAGACUGGGAGAAUGAGAUGAACAGUAUCACGAAAAAUAAGCCGACAAUACGGGUGGAGAAUCUGGUGGAUCUGGAGGGUGCACCUCAGGAUUUUUAUUACAUCGACAGUUAUUUGCCGGGCGCGAGUGUCAUAAUACCAGAUGAUCCGCCCAUCGGUUGCGAGUGCGACAAUUGCGAGACCGGUAAGAAAUCUUGCUGCUUCGCACAAAACGGCGUAUCUUCGUUGCCGUAUACGUCAGCAUGUCGAGUCCGUGUCCCUCCCGGUACACCUAUCUACGAAUGCAACAAACGUUGCGCCUGCGACGCGUUAACUUGUCCGAAUCGUGUGGUGCAACGUGGUAGUGAUACGCAAGUGUGCAUCUUUCGCACGAAUAACGGUCGCGGUUGGGGUGUGCGUACUCUGCGAGCGAUCAAGAAAGGCACCUUCGUCAUCCAGUACGUGGGCGAAGUGAUCAGCAAUGAAGAAGCGGAAAGACGUGGCAAACAAUACGACGCGACUGGUCGUACGUACCUCUUUGAUCUCGAUUACAACGAGACUGAUGGCCAGUGCCCAUACACUGUAGACGCCGCUAUGUAUGGCAAUAUCUCGCACUUCAUUAAUCACUCGUGUGAUCCAAAUCUCGCGGUAUACGCGAUCUGGAUCAAUUGUCUAGAUCCGAACUUACCAAAUCUCGCGCUCUUCGCCAUCAAGGAUAUUAAGCAGAACGAGGAGCUCACUUUUGACUAUACGUGCCAGACACCGCGCGGCGGUAAUGAGAAGAUGCAACAGCAACCACUGGACAACGAACAGGACGCCGGAAAUGUCUCGAAGAAUAGAACUCUCUGCAAAUGCGGCGCGGCGACAUGUCGGCGGUAUUUAUUUUAGACAAUGUUUCUUCUCGAAGUGUACGUUACAGUCUGCUUGCAAUUGGCAGUUACGUGGCUUAAUUGAUGCUGGCUCUGAUUAAGCCAAUUUUUUUUCCUGUAUAUAUUAUCGAGCUGGCAAUAAUUAUAAUUUAGGACUAAUUAAUUUAAGGAUA